AUGAGUCCGGGUAGGGCGAUCGUCGCGGCUGGCGCUUCGAACCCGAGCGCGCCAGCGUUGGAACUUGAAAGCGCGAGAGACUUCGCAGACGGCUGUGCGACAAACUGCGUCGCGCAGUCGCCGCAAACGACGACAAACGACGAGGCUUGCGACGUCGCAGUAGGCGCGGAGGACCUGCGUGCGGGGAAGUCGACAUGCGUCGCAGCGGUUCCCGCCAAGGUCACGGGCGAGGCACGCGACGCGUCGGCUUCUGAAGACGAAACAACGAUGGCGAUGCGACUUGACGACGACGCAGCGAUGACCAUUGCAGGGACAUGCAUGCCUGCGCGUGCGCCGACGGCGGAUGCGGAAGUUGCGGCGCGGGGAAGUCGGUGCGUGACGGCUGUUCGGGAAGCGGAUUUGGGGCUGCGCGGAACGGGGCGACGGGGAAGUAGCAGUGGGUUGGGGCUCACGUCACUGGUUGUGUUUCAAGAUCGCUUUUCGCCAAUUAUAUUUUUCUCGAUCCACCUACAUCAAGUAUCGCCGAACCAUUUCGUCUCCACGCAACUUAACUUUAUCCUCCCUAUAAGCUCGCCCGGCUCGCCCGACGGCCGGCCGACCUACACGUGCCUGCCGACUGACACGGAAUCGGAUCCGGAUUCGUUCCACUGCGCCGGAUCGUCGCUCGCGCUGCGCCACCUGCUCGCGUCGCGUGCGGCGGGAAUCGAGGACGGAUGGCUGCCGUAUCUGGAGUUUUACGGGGAGGGAAGCGCAUGGGAGGGAUGCGGGGAGGGGGAUGGGUUGGGGGACGGGGAGGGGCACGGGGAGGGGGACGGGUACGGGGACGGGGAAGGGGGCGGGGAACGGGACCGGGGAGGGGGGAAGGAAGGGGGAAGGGGAGGGGGAGAUAUUAGGGAAGGAGCAUGCAUAAGCGCGCCGACUCCCUCUGAUGGCUUAGCGCCUUCGUCUCGUUUGCCUCCUGCUCUCUCGCCCGACAGCAACCCCGACCUGCACCGAGUGCGGGCACUACUGCAGGACCUGCUUCACGUGCACGCGGCGCUGAGCAACGCCCGCACUCGUGGAACGCGCGUGCCUCAUAAGGAAGGAGAGAGGGAGAGGCAGACGGCGAUGGGGAAAGUUGAUGGGCAGGAGGAGGAGGUUGAGGAGGGUGGGGAGGGAGAGGAGGAGGGAGAGGUGGGUGAGGAGGAGGGGAGGAGAGGGAAUGAGGCUUUUGGUGGUGGUAUUACAAACGAGGAGGCUACUAAUGAGGACGGCCGUCCUGGUUAUGCUUAUGGUGCAUCGCCGUAUAGGGAGAACAGCGGCCCGUCAUGCAUCUCCCAUGCCGCACCCUUCACCGCCUCACAACCAUUCCCCCGUCCGCUCACCCAGUUCCCUACCACCUUCCCUCACUCGCCCUCGCUUUCCGCCCCUCUCCCUUCUCAACCCAUGCUGUCUAGACCAAAACCCUUUGUCUUCCCCCCAACCACUCCAACUGCUGCUCCUGCUGCUGCGCUUACCCAUUCUUCCUCCUCAACCCGUCUCUCCUCUGUCGCUCUCCCAUCACCCCCUCCUUACUCAGCCAAUAACCUCCGCCCCACAUCUGCCUUCCCUGCUCCCUCCUUCCCUCCUCCCACCUUCCUUUCCUCCUCAUAUCCCCCCUCCUCCUUCCAUCCCCCCUCCUUCCACUCCUCCUCCCUCCCUCCUUCCCCCUUCCCAUCCACACUCUCCCCUUCCGCCUUCUCCUCCUCCCCUUUCUCUCCCUCCCCCUUCUCCUCCUCCCCUUUCUCUCUCUCCCCCUUCUCCUCCUCCCCUUUCUCUCUCUCCCCUUCUCCUCCUCCACUCUCUCCGCCUCUCAAGCCUCUCUUAUCCCCCCUUCCUCCUCUCGUUUCCGCCCCUCCCUCUAUUCCAAUUCCGGCCUGCCUAGUCCCAAGCGCCGGUCAAGCCAAGAAGGGGGAGCUUCAGCGGGGAAAGAAGGCAGAGACUGGUGCAAUCAACGAGGAGAUGGGUGGUGCUGCUGGGGUUGGGAGCGGUGCUGCUGGGGUUGGGAGCGGUGGUGGGAGCGAGGCGGUGGGAGGGACCGCUGCAAUUGAUGGGGUGCUGAGGCGGUCGCUACGGUCAUCGUCAGAGCGAUUGAAUGAGAUGCAGCUGGAUGAACUGUCUCAGUAUUUCCGCAUGAGCAUCCAGAACGCAGCACGUGUGCUGGGCGUGGGACUGACAGUCCUCAAGAAGCGCUGCCGAGAGCUGGGCAUACAGCGAUGGCCGCACCGCAAGCUCAAGUCGCUCGACAACCUUAUAGAGAACAUGAAGGAGAUCCAUGGGCCGAUGGCAGCAGAAACAGUGGAGCAGCUGGAGGCGAAGAAGGAGCUUCUGGGGAAGGACCCGAAGCAGGGGCUGGACCCGCGCAUCAAGACGCUGCGGCAGGUGUGCUUCAAAGCCAGCUACAAGCGCAGGAAGGCGCAUACUGGGUCGUCUCUCAAGGCGCUUCAGGGGGAGAUGCUGGCUGGGGAGCAAGAUUUUCUGGGCUGCACUGCUGCUUGCUUGCAUUGA